GUCGCGCACCCACAGCAUAAUCGAAGGCCGCCUGUGCGCCAGCAUCGCCAUUAAGAACCAUGAAUCUCCUCUACUACUCACUCGGCAUCUUCCUCUCCCUCUCCUCCGCUCACGCUGCAUCCAAAGACGCCUCGAAACCCGAUCCACCUUGCGGCAUCACAUCUCCGUCGUCCGGCAACUUCUUCGAUCUCAGCUCGCUGCAGGUCCAUGAUCCGGCAACGAGCAAGAGCAAGCAUCCGCGGCAACAGAGUUGGAAUGCGACAGGCUAUGAUUUGGGGUACAAUUUCACCGUGAACUUUUGUGCGCCGGCGAUUGAAAAGGUGGAGGACGUAGUGGGAGUGGACAAAGAUCUAUGGCGCAAUGUGUCGGCAUACUACGAGCAUGAUGGGAAGGUGUUUUCGAUUGGACAACAAAACUCGGAGCUGGUCAUGCGAGGACGGAAGUUGGUCUUGAAUUACACUGAUGGAUCUCCGUGCGAUUCUGGAGCCUCGAAGCGCUCUCUCGGGGCGACGGAGCUCACGGCGAGGGAGAUCAGUACAAUGAUCAGCAUGCUCUGCGAUCGAGACCCUCUCGCGCCGCAACUCACGUUGAGCUUCGUUGGCAGCUUGGACGAGUGCACAUACUUCUUCGAGGGUCGCAGUGCAGCUGCAUGCGCAACACUCAACAAGACGAAGGGAAGUCUGAACCCGGGAGGUGUAUUCGGAGUGAUUGUCAUCAUCGCGCUUCUGGUCUAUCUGGCGGGAGGCUGCGUCUACAACAGAACAGUAUUGCAGCAGCGGGGCUGGUCGCAAGUGCCCAAUUACCACUUGUGGGCCAGCAUAUUGGGCUUCUUCAAAGAUAUUUUCAUUAUUCUGACGGCUUCGUGCGUGCGGUUUUUGCCGUCGAGGAGAGGCUAUAGCCGGGUCCAGUCUGGUUUCGGAGGCUCAGAUGGUCGUGGUAGAGGGCGGGGAGACAGUGAUGCUGAGAAUCGGCUCAUUGAUGAGCUGAAUGAGGAGUGGGAGGAUUGA